AGUCGUAAGAACGAUAACGUUUCCUCCACGUCUCACUCACACUCUCCCUCAAACUCUUCCUGGACACUAAAAUGGCGACUUGUUCUCAACUGCUCAACUGCUUUCAAAUCAAAGGAAGGCCGGCUCUUUCAUCCAAUCGAGGCCAUUUCCAUGUUUCUGAAAACCUUAGGUGUCCAACGAAAAGAAAGUCCCAACUUGCUCGAUGUAGCUCAUAUUUUAGAGAAAUCGUGUCAUUCCCUAGCAAUGAACUGCCAAAAAUAGAUGCAUAUCUUUCGGGAGAGCCAUUCGAUGCACACGCAGUUGUUGACAUUCUCAAGAUCGACGUACCAGGUACAUCAUCACAUGGUGUUUUAGAUUUUAUGCAGAGAUUGGUAGUAGUAGCUGAUUUGGACCCGGCUACUGCGAAGAUUGCAAUUGGAUUUCUUGGACCCUUUCUCUCCAUAUUUGGUUUUCUGUUUAUAGUGAGAAUAGUAAUGUCCUGGUACCCAAAGCUGCCUGUUGGAAAGUUCCCAUUUGUCAUAGCUUAUGCUCCCACCGAGCCACUUCUCAUCCCAGCACGUAAGUUGAUUCCACCCCUUGGUGGAGUUGAUGUAACUCCUGUGGUGUGGUUCGGAUUGAUCAGUUUUCUUAGUGAAAUAUUAGUGGGCCGGCAAGGGCUUCUUGUCAUUCUUUCUCAACAAGUUGGCUGAUAAAUUUGAAAGAUGAUGUAGGAAUGAAGAAUGCUCAUCUAUGGAAAUGGUCUUCUCUGCUGUGAUAUGGGAGAGUUUUCAUUUUUUUUAAUUUUUAAUUUUUAAUUUUUUUUUUAUAAGUAAUGUCAUUUCAUUAAUAAAGCGCAGAUGGACGUAACCCUAGUACACAUGGAGUAUACAAGAAAACUCCUAAUAGGAAGGAAAAGAAUGUUUCACUUUUCUGAUUGUAAA